AUGUCCGGUCGCGGCCCUUCCCUCCGCCAGGCCAUCCGAGGGGCCCAAGAUAGGUUGUUUGCUGCCGGUGACGAGGUCACCAACGCCAGAAUCGCUUGUGCCGCUGCACGCGCUGCGCUUGCGCGCUGUGAAGAGGCCGUCUUGCGGGCGGUCUACCGCCACAACGCAGAGCGUGUCGCUCUCCAAGCGCUGGGACGCGAGCCGAUGCAUCUACUAGUAACUGCCUCUGCUCUGAUGGCCACCCAGAUUACUGCGAAGAUUGUCAGCCACAGCAAGAGCAAUGCAUUUCUGGGGAAAAUGAAGCAGGAACUCUUCAAGCCGAAGGGCCUAAUCGCACUGGUCAUCACGUGGAAGCCAAAGACGGUCGGUUCAGAGCAAGACGCAAGCGGGAUCAUUGACAUCGACAUGAGCACCACAUCUGCAAGCAAAGAGCCGCCGAGCAAUGCGCCAGCUGACGUUAAACGAAGGAAGUCGAUGGUCCAACUGCCUUCUGCCGGCACAGUGUUCAAGCUUCCGGAACUUGCACCACUUGCUUUCCCUGAGCUUGAAGCUACUACCAGGUCUCCAGAGCCGCGAAGUCCAGUUAGUCCUGGGCACAAGCGGCCUACACAGGGCGAAGACAUGGGAAGCACAGGGGAUUACGACCAGCAAAAGAAGACAAAGUCGGCUUGUGGAGCAGGAAGCAAGAUGAUAGGGGAUAAAGAAAUAGUGCAACGCGCCGAAACAGGGUGCCUUCCAGCGUUCAGGCAAACCACUGCCGUGUACGUUGUCCCAGCUGUUUGGCAAGUCAAGUUAGGUGGCAAAUCUGCCGGAUCAAGCGUCAAGCGUACGGGCCACUUCAUCAGCGACUACCAGGGCAGACGUGCUGUAGCAAGGUGGUCUGGACAGCACCCGGAUUCCCAGAUGGCCAUGCUUGCGCCAACACCCGAGUUCCAGUCCAAGUUCGCUGACCCUAAUCACCCGGCCAGCAGCGUUGACUUUCGUGGCACUGGUGACGGGCGGGAAGCAUACGACGGCCGAGGCAUGAUGCACGUCAAGAGCACUGCUGGUGACGUUGGUCUGCGGGUUGGUGGCAGUGGUAUUGGCGGCAGCGAAGCAUCACAGCGCUUCAUAAGCCGAAGCUCCCCGGCUCCGGAGGAUUGGGUCCCUUCCAUUGAGCAACCCAUUGAGAACAAUGAAGAAGCUCUUGUAGAUAUUCUGUACCUCAUGAUUGUCAACCUGCCCACUGAGGGGGAAAUCGUGAACGCCGCAGCUUGCCUGAAUCAGGUGAACGAGGAAGGCAAGGCCGAGUAG